AUGGGAAGAGUGAAGUUUUGUGUUGCUCUGAUUUCAUUUGCAGUGCUUUCGAGUGGUUUGGUUUCUCUCAACGAGUGUUGUGAGCUGAGGAUCAAUGAAGCGAGCAUAGAGGACAUCCAUGAGGCCUUCAAACGGAAGGAGCUCACGUCCAGUCAACUCGUUGACUAUUACUUGCACAGGAUCGAGGCCUUCAAUCCCAUACUUCGCGCAGUGUUGGAAGUCAAUCCGGACGUGCGAGAUCAAGCAGAGCAGGCUGAUCGGGAAAGGGAAGAAGAUCAGGAGCGUCCAUUGCUACAUGGGAUUCCUGUGCUACUCAAGGACAGCAUCAAUACCAAGGACAAGCUUAACACCACAGCUGGAUCGUAUGCCCUGUUGGGGGCAAAGGUUGCACGUGAUGCGCACGUGGUGGCCAGGCUUAGAGACGCCGGUGCCAUCAUUCUGGGCAAAGCUACUCUCUCCGAGUGGUACGGAACUCGCUCCACCACCAUGCCUCUGGGUUGGUGCGCUAGAGGUGGACUUGCCAAGAAUCCUUACGUGGAGCUGGGAAGUCCAUGUGGGUCUAGUUUUGGAUCUGCAAUUUCUGUAGCAACAAACAUGGUUGCAGUUUCUUUGGGGACUGAAACCGAUGGCUCCAUUAUCUGUCCAGCUGAUCACAAUUCGGUAGUGGGGCUCAAACCCACCGUUGGACUCACUAGUAGGGCCGGUGUCAUACAAAUUUCACCUCGUCAAGAUUCAAUCGGGCCAAUAUGUAGGACAGUUUCAGAUGCAGUUCAUGUGCUUGAUGCAAUUGUUGGGUUUGACCCAAGAGAUUAUGAGGCAACAAAGUCAGCAGCUAAGUUUAUACCUUCAGGUGGUUAUAAGCAAUUCCUCAACAAAGAAGGGCUCAAAGGAAAGAAGUUAGGCGUUGUGAGGAAUCCAUUUUUUGAUCCUUGUAAGGGAUCCAAUGUGAUUUCCAUCUUUGAGCAUCAUCUAAAUGUGUUAAGGCAAAGAGGCGCAACAGUGGUAGAUAAUUUGGAAAUAGAAAAUUUAAGCACCAUUCUCGACCCUUUUCAAAGUGGUGAAACUACAGCUGUACUGGCAGAGUUCAAGUUGUCCAUAAACAAAUAUUUGCAGGAGCUGAUUCACUCUCCUGUGAGGUCAUUAGCUGAGAUUAUCGAAUUCAACAUAAAAAAUCCUUAUUUGGAAAGAACAAAUGAGUACGGUCAGGAUUUACUUCUUGCAUCAGAAAUGACCAACGGCAUUGGAAAGGGUGAAAUUGAGGCAAUAAAGUUGAUGGAGCAAUUAUCACAGAAAGGGUUUGAGAAGUUAAUGAAGGAGAAUGAAUUGGAUGCGCUAGUGACUUUAGGUGUCAACGCUUCAACGGUUCUAGCAAUUGGAGGCUAUCCUGCAAUCACAGUCCCAGGUGGGUAUGAUAGAAAUGGAAUGCCAUUCGGAAUCCUUUUUGGGGGGUUAAAGGGAACGGAGCCUAAACUAAUUGAGAUUGCUUAUGACUUUGAGCAAGCUACUUUGGCAAGGAAGCCUCCUAACCCCUACUCAAUGCAAUGUCAAUUAUCCAAUAGAAAUGUCAUAGUUGAUAGAGAAAGACCAAUUCAGAGUAUUGUCCAUUCUAUUCUUGAAGCAAAUAAUAUCAGAAUAGUUUCCCAACACUCAUCUCAACAUUUUCCAAAACACUACAUGCAGAACACAGCUCAGUAG